CACCGCCUCCUUGGCUCUUGUCGACUUCCGUAACGCCAACGCCCCCUUGCGGAGGUACACGACAUCUCCCCGUCUGGCCUGGUUCCCUGGUACGGCGAAUCCCCCGGUUCAUCGCGGAUAUCCAUGAUACUUUGAGCGCACAAACGGGCGUCCCUCGAAGGACGCAUUCCCGCUAUUCGUGGUCCCUUCGUUUCCCUCCAAUAAUUAAUUAUAUCGUGUCCUCUGUUGCCGGGAUGUUCUCGACUUCUCCAUGGAGAGGCCGAAAGGGCACUGUGGCUGCUCUGUCAUCAUGGCUAUCGCUACUGUUCCUCAGCUGUCCUCUGACGGUUACGGCGAAGUCAGCUUCAGAUUAUUAUGUCCCCUCGCUUCCAGGAGCACCGGAUGGGCCGCUCCUGAAAAUGCAUGCUGGACAUAUCGAGGUUGAUCAGGAACAUAACGGACACCUAUUCUUCUGGCAUUUCCAGAACCGACAUAUCGCCAACAGACAACGGACGGUGAUCUGGCUCAAUGGCGGUCCGGGAUGCAGCUCUCUAGAUGGAGCUUUGAUGGAAGUUGGACCCUAUAGAUUGAAGGAUGACCAUACAUUGGAGUAUAAUAAUGGAUCGUGGGAUGAAUUCGCGAAUCUCCUCUUCGUCGAUCAGCCGGUCGGAACUGGCUUCAGUUAUGUCAAUACGAACAGUUUCCUGCACGAGUUGGAUGAAAUGGGUGCUCAGUUCAUCACCUUCCUGACCAACUGGUUUCAAUUGUUUCCGGAAUAUGAGAACGAUGAUAUUUACAUUGCAGGAGAGUCAUACGCCGGUCAGCAUAUCCCGUAUAUUACCAAGCAUAUACUUGAACGGAACAAGGACGCAGCUGCGAGUGGCAAGGCGAAGUGGAAUGUCCGUGGUCUACUCAUCGGAAACGGCUGGGUAUCUCCAGCGGACCAAUACCCGUCCUACCUCGAGUUCGCAUACAAGGAGGGCAUUGUUCAGACCGGCAGCCAGAAGGCGAAUAAUCUAGAGGCGUUGCAAUCUGCAUGCAUAUCUACUCUGACCGCUCCAGGCGGAACCGAGCAUGUCGAUAACGGUAAAUGCGAGGAGGUUCUGCAGGAACUCUUGAGAUUGACGGCGGAUAAUGGUGGGCAGUGCUAUAAUAUGUACGAUGUCCGUCUGCGUGACGAGUACCCGUCAUGUGGAAUGAAUUGGCCUCCAGAUCUGGUAAAUGUCAAGCCGUAUCUGCGCCAGCCAGAAGUUGUCAAAGCGUUGAACAUCAACCCGGACAAGAAGACUGGCUGGGAAGAAUGCUCGGGCGCGGUCAGCAGUUCAUUCCGUGCGAAGCAUUCGCUACCAGCCAUUGACCUCCUUCCGGAUAUUCUUGAAUCGGGCGUCCCCAUCCUUCUCUUUAGUGGAGACAAAGACCUGAUCUGCAAUCACCUGGGCACCGAACAGUUGAUUCAUAACAUGAAGUGGGGUGGCGGCUCUGGAUUUGAGCUGUCCCCCGGGAUUUGGGCACCGAGACGUGACUGGACAUUUGAGGGAGAACCGGCCGGUCUAUAUCAGCAGGCAAGGAAUCUGACAUAUGUGCUCUUCUACAACGCAAGCCACAUGGUGCCGUUCGAUUUUCCUCGCCGGACCCGUGACAUGCUUGAUCGAUUUAUGAAGGUCGACAUCGCCAGCAUUGGUGGUACUCCUGCUGAUUCUCGCAUCGACGGCGAGAAAUUGCCUCAAACCUCCGUCGGAGGCCAACCGAACAGUACGACGGCGGAAGAAAAGGAGAAGGAGAGGCUAAAGGAAGCGACGUGGAAAGCGUAUGCUAAAUCAGGCGAGACAGCCCUCGUCAUUGUCAUUAUCGGUGUUUCUGUCUGGGGUUAUUUCAUCUGGCGCAGUCGCCGCAACCGCCGGGGCUACCGCGAGGUCCGACAGAGGGGCCGCAGGAGUACGGCCUCGGCAUUGGAACGCUUCCGUAGCAGAAGCAAUGGUACAGACAUCGAAGCGGGCGAUUUUGACGAGACCACGCUCGACCAGUUGUCUACUCCGAGGACAGACCAGGAUCGUUUCUCCGUAGGAGCUGAAGACAGCGAGGACGAAGCCGCUGCGCGCCGUAAUGGUGCCACAGGCACUUCAGCACCGCACAAGGCAUCUUAGAAGGAGAAUCGAGAGGUAGUCGUUUUAAUACAACGCUACCCUUGAUCUUAUAAGCAUUCGGUUUUUUGGUGUCGAUCUGUUCUAUUUUUGUAUAUAUGUCGACUUUUCAUCGGGAGCAUUUACUACUAUCACGGCGCGGUACUCUGAGACAUGAAAUAUAGACUACUUAUUCUCUUACUUGAUACCAGUCACUGGUAGGACACGGCGGUUAGCAAUAGAUUAAAUUUCCAAUUUGCAGAAU